UCAUGUUUCUUAAAAGAAUGUCAUUUAAACCUAAGCGUGAACACCUGAAGUUUUACCUUUUGUGUGUAUCGUAUGCAUAGAGCAGAAGGUACUUUGCACACGGCCUUUUCCCGCGUCACCGAACAGACGACAUACGAAAGGCAAAGGCGCUGCGGAGAAAAUGCAGGGCGAACGCUGGCUCAAGGUGUGCGCUGUACUUCUGCUAUAUUCGACAUGUUCAUAUGCACAUGAAGGUUACUUCUGGCACAUCACGGACCACCAUUACGACCCAACCUACUGGUCUGAAAUGCGGUCCUGCAGUGACGAAGUUCCGGUGCGUGGUAUCUAUGGCGACUACUGGUGUGACUCCCCCUGGCGGCUUGUCAAUGACAGCAUCAACGCCAUGGUCAGCAUCAAGGACGAUGUAGACUUUAUUCUCUGGACUGGGGAUAACAUAGGACAUGUCGAUGAUCAAUACGCCAAUGAGACAUACGUACUGAACAUCCUCAGACGUAUCACGGACGCCCUGAAGACGGCGUUCCCAGGGGUCAAGGUCUACGCCACGAUGGGGAACAACGACUGGUACCCAUCCGACCAGCUCCCAGACACACCGCACCUCCUGUACAACGCCACUGCGGAACUCUGGGAAGACUGGAUUGGCGAUGCAGAACAGAUGGCGAACUUCCGUAAAGGUGCCUACUACACCGUGAAGACAGCGCAGGGACUGAGGAUUAUAGGGCUGAACACAAACAUCUACUACAAGUCGGACAAACUGACCGCUGACAUGACCGACCCCACUGGUCAGUUCGCCUGGCUGGAGGGCGUUCUCCAGAAAGCCAAGACUGAUGGAGAGAAGGUGUUGAUUACCGCCCACGUCCCUCCAGGCAUCCACGUUCCUGGGAAGGUCAAGCGUUUUUACACCCAUUACAAUACACGCUUUCUUGACAUCAGCCGUACAUACGCCGACAUCAUGGUGGGCAUGUUCUUCGGCCACGACCACUACGACGGAUUCAAACUCUUGCAAAAGAAUGACGGGAGUCCGGGUGUGCCAAUGUUCAUAGCUCCAUCAGUCACACCCUGGCGGUACAAGAUCCCUGAGAAAAGCGGCGAUCCACACAACCCAGCCAUCAGACUUGUCAAGUACUACCAUCAGACCGGAGUCCCUCUUGACAUCCACCAGUACUACAUGGACCUGACUGCCAGCAACAGAAACAACGCCUCUGACUGGAAACUUGAGUACAAAGCCAGCGAAGCGUACGGUCAGCCUGAUCUCUCGGCAGUUUCCGUUGAUAAUAUAAUAAAGGCCUUCAAGACAGACAAAUCUCUUCUUGAUAAGUAUAUCAGGUACAUCUCUGUCAUGGCUAAUGGAGAAACUACUGUGAAUGCCUGUGAUGCGAAGUGUCGAGCUGAAUUAAACUGUGGUUUCAUCCACUUGACCGAGACGUCGCUCGAUUCCUGCUACACAACAGUAGUUGGAGGUUCGACAAGGUUGUGUUCUUCUUCCUUUCUUAUUGUCAUGUCAGUUGCCGUUUAUUAUGGACUGUUUUAGAGAGAAGUUCUGUUUAAGGUCGAUUUCUGAACACAACAAUUUGAGAGUCCUUUUUUCUAUUUUUGUACUCUACAUUUUACAUUGAUCGACAUUUUAUAUUCCUGUAAUCCAGUUAUGUGAAUAAAACAUCCUCGAUCAGAA